AGACAUUUUGUCUGUUAACACUCAAUGGUCUUGCUGCACGCCACCGAGAUUGGAGUAAACCCUAAUAAGCAGUUAAAGCAACAGAAAGCAGUCUCUUAAGAUCGAAGAAACCCAAAAAAGGGGUACAUUUUCUUCUCAAAUCCUCACAAGGGCGACUCCUUUUUGGCUCAAUCGCUGAAGGAAAUCGAACAGAAAGCAAAAGAUUCGAUUUUGAUUCAAGGGUUUUGUUCUAUUGAGAAAAAGGGGUUAAUUUACUCUGGAAUUGGGCACGAUGCAGUGGGUCAACGGAAAGAUCGUUGAUCCUCUCCUUCAAAUCGUCAAAAGGGGAGCAGAACCAAAGCAGCUGGCAUUUUCUACUGCUCUUGGCAUUACACUGGGAGUUUUCCCCAUCUGUGGGGUCACAGUAUUUCUUUGUGGGUUGGCUAUAGCAUCAUUGGGCAGCCGUUGUCAUGCUCCAAGUGUAAUGCUUGCUAAUUUCAUUGCUACACCGAUUGAGCUAAGUCUGGUAAUACCUUUUUUGCGAUUGGGCGAAUUCAUCUCUGGCGGCCCUCGCUUUCCAUUAACAUCCGAUGCAAUGAAGAAGGUAUUGACGGGCCAUGCAUCGCGAGAAGUACUUAUCAGUGUAAUUCAUGCGUUGUUGGGGUGGAUCAUUGCAGGCCCUCUCAUACUUGGUGUGCUAUAUACAAUUUUUCUUCCAGCUUUCAAGUAUCUUGUUCGCAAUUUCAACACUCUACCGCCAAGUCCGAAGGAUCUCUCUCCUCGUGCUGAGAUCAAGGUGAAGGUUAGGGAUGUUUAGUCCUGGUUUGAGGGAGGAGAAGAGAAUUUGUACAUAUUUUACUUCUGAAUGCUGAUGUGGAUGGUAAUUUGCUGAUAUUUCUUGCUCACCCACCUUUAAAUUAUCAGCCAUGACAUGUGUAUGAAAAUAAAUUAGCCUCGUGUUCAGGAUUUUAUGUUUUUAUUUGGGGGCCAAUGCAAGAAGAGGCUACUACAAAAUUUGGAUU